UCUCUCUCUAAAAUCCGCUUCAUCUUCUCUCGUUCACUAUUGUGAACCCUAGUUCCUCAUUUCUGUAAAAUUUUGUUCGAUUAUUUUGAAUCAUUCAAUCUUUUCGCUUGUAUCUCGUCGGAAUCCAGUUAACUUAAGCUUUCGAACACACUCUAUUUCUGAUGGAUUUUGGAGCUGCACGAAAGAGAGGAAGACAGGAAGCUGGAAUGAACGGGAAUGGCGGAUUCAAGAAAUCCAAGCAAGAAAUGGAGUCCUUUUCACCUGGUAUAGGAAGCAAAUCGAAGCCAUGCACAAAGUUUUUCAGCACGUCUGGGUGCCCGUUUGGAGAGGGAUGCCACUUCUUGCACUAUGUUCCUGGUGGCAUAAACGCGGUUACUCAAAUGAUAGGCAACAAUCCAGCACUUCCAGCUCCUUCAAGAAACCCUCCAAUUCCAUCAUCCUUCCAAGAUAAUCCCUCCCCAAAUUCUGUCAAGGUUCGUUUGUGCAACAAAUUCAAUACAGCUGAAGGAUGCAGGUUUGGCGAUAAAUGUCAUUUUGCACAUGGUGAAUGGGAGCUUGGGAAGCCAUCUGCUACAUCCCAUGAAGAUCCUCGUCACAUGGGUGGACCACCCAUGACCAGCCGGUUCGGUGGUCGAAUGGAGUCAAAUGCACCGACAAGUUUUGGUGCAUCGGCCACUGCCAAGAUUAGUGUUGAUGCCUCUUUAGCUGGUGCAAUCAUUGGAAAAGGCGGGGUUAACUCUAAGCAAAUUCGUCAAAUGACUGGAGUUAAGCUUUCAAUAAGGGAUCAUGAGUCUGAUAUGAACCUGAAGAAUAUAGAACUGGAGGGCACCUUUGAUCAGAUUAAGGAAGCUUCUGCUAUGGUUAGGGACCACAUUGCUCAUAUCGGUGCUGCUGCUGUGAGAAACUCUGCCAUAGGUCAAGGUCAAGGUCAAGGUCAUGGCCAUGGGCGCGGUCAGGGUCAGGGUCAGAGUCACGGACAAGAGAAUUUCAAGACGAAAAUAUGUGGGAAAUUUGAGAAAGGAACAUGUACUUUUGGUGACAGGUGUCAUUUUGCUCAUGGUGCUGAAGAACUUAGGAGGUCUGCAAUUUGAAGAUCUUAUUUUGAUGAUUUCCUAGUUCUUUGUUUUCCCCCUAUGAUUAUGCUGUUUCCUAGUGAUUUUGUAGAAUGAUAUUUUCAAUUACUAUUGUUAGUCAAUUGUCUUUGUUUGGUUUAUUCUAUAGUUUCUUGAAAACUCAUAAUGUUUUGAGUUAGAUCAUUGAAAUCACAAAGAUAGAAAAUUGGAUACAAUUAAAGUUCAUUUUACCCAUUUUGAAAGUGAGU